UGUGCAUGUAUAACAUAUUUUAAGUACUUAGACAUUUUUUGGUAUUUUGUUAUUGAUAAAUUUACAAUGUUACACUAAUGUAGAAAUGUAACAAUUUCUUCAUAAAAAUAGCUAUGAUGGAUCAAAAUAUUACUUUUCUACUAAACCGUGUGCAGUACAUAUAUUACCGAUUUGGAUGAGCUUUUGGCGGUAAAAAACUGGAUGGAUUGGCAAAAAAGAUUAAACACUUUAAAAGUGCCACUAUAAAUUUUCUAUGAAAAAAUAACAUCGAAGAAGGAAUUGAAAAAAGGGCAAAAUGUCCAAAGAACUGGAAGGAAAAUUUUUUGAGUUUCUUCAUAAACCGCAAAUUGAGUCUAACAUUUUUUCAAGUGGCAUAGAUUUUUCAGAUUUUGAUGAAACAGGAAAUUGUACAAUCGUGAUAGCUUCUUCUGCUCCUUAUUCAGAAAGUUAUUCUAAGUUUCAUGUAUUAAAGAAUUUCAAGUACGUUUCGGAGUACUUGACAAAUGGUUCACCAUGCGGAAUAAUGAGUUUCAUUACGGAAACUCAUCAAAAUAGUUCUUUAGCGCUUGCUGUUGGAACUCCUUGUCAUUUAUACAUAUACAAAAAUAUGAAGCCGUAUUUCAAGUUUAGUUUGCAUCCAACUUCAUUGCAAUCAACAGUUAAUAAUCUUGAUCACAAAUUUGUUGAAGAAGAUGGCAUUACCAAAAAUUCAGUCAAUGAUUCAACACACAUAUUUCUCAGGGAUACAGCAAAAGAAAGUUGUACCCAACUACCUGAUACGGGUAAACUUUUUAGUAAAAAAAGCUUUUUCAUUAGUAGUUCAAAUAAAACGCAUAAAAUAAAAAAAGAUGUAAUAACUUGCUUGAAUAAAGUAAAUAAAAAUUCCUGGAGUCAAAACGCUCUUAGUUAUCUAGUUAUCGGAACUCAGCAAGGAGAAAUUUACAUUGUUGAUAGUCAGUCUUUUUUUACUAUUGAAAAAUACAAAACUUCUUCUGCGCUGAUGGCUAUAGAACCUUUGGGGCAGUGGUUGAGAGGGGGACUUUUAGUGACUGCCUGCAGAAAUCGAAAAAUUGGCUGCUUUUAUAGAAAAAAAAAGUUUAUCAUGUGGGAACGGUCAAUUUCACCUGUCGUUGUUAUGAGUGCAAUUAACCACACAGGUGUUGUUGUUGCUACAAUGGAUAAAACAAUCUCAUUCUUUUCAAAGCAGGGGAAAAAAUUGUGGAAGUUUAUUGUUCAAAGCUAUGUUUUAGAUUUAAUGGGCUUUCAAAUGCCCCAAACCGGUGCAUUUUUAUUUGCCUUUAGUAUGGCCAAUUUUGGAAUUUAUGUUUAUGAUCAAAAACAGCAGUUGGAUUUUAUGAGAGUCUCAGACACAGUAUCAUGCUUUAAGGUUAAAUCGAUUUGUAAUAAUGAUAUUAUCAUGGUAAUGUUAGCGAAAAAUGGAAAUUUGCAUAUUAAAUCACUACGUGAGCUGCUAAAGCUGUUUCAAUCAGGAUCAUGUAACCAUCAAAGUUAUGAUAAUAUCGAACCCAAAUUUUUAUUGACUAAAAAAUCUCAAAUUUACAUGGAGCAGACUAUUAAAGAAAGAUCUGAUCCUAAACUGGUGUAUAUGAUAUUUCAACGUAGUUUUUUGAGAUUAAGAUUAUGCGCAAGCAUGAGUAUGAAACACGUUACCUCUAAUAUGCGAAAACUUCAAGAUCGAUUUUGUCAGUUAAAUGUGUCGUUUCAAGGUUUAGGAAAAAAAUUUAUGCUGAAUAUUUCAGCUCCACUUUUAAAAAAUACUUGUCAAGAAAGUCUCUUUAUUAUUCUAAGGUCUGAAAAUUUAAUUACGAAAAAAAAAAUAAUUAAUUUGCCCACUUCAAUUUUACACCUUAACGUGCCUUUUGAGUUUGAAAAUGAUUCAAAAAGUAGUAGGAAAAUUCAAAUUUUACUUUGCAAAUUCAAUUCGAUUAAUCCUGUUUGUUCAACAGAUAUUGUAAUAGGAAGAGAAUGAACUGAAUCAUUCGUAGUGAGAUAUUUAAUUAAUCUAACAACAUCGAAGAUCCCGAAUAGAGUGAUUUAAUUGGUACCGUUAAAAUGAAAGCAUUCAGUCAAAGACACGUGAAAUAAACGUUUGGUUGGACACACGAUUGAAAAUGUUGAAUCUUCGGUUGAAAAUUCUAGAGUGGUGUUUCCGCUUCGACUGUAUUUUUUCAAAUAUUAAGAACCUAAAUAAAAACUCUUUGUAAUUUUAUUUGAACUACCACUAGUUUAAUAUUUAU